CCUGGCGGUGGCGUUCUGGGAGGCUUGUUCUGCUGCAGCACUCCUGCCUUCCACACACUACCUCUGCCUUUAUGCUGCACCCACACAAUGUGUGUUGCGCCUGUGUAGGACAAGGGAGCGACUUUUCACAAUAGUGACAUACAACAAGACACGGUCGGCGUCGUCAAAGGCAACAGAGAUUUUUUAAAAAGCACUUGUGCUUUUUAGUGCUACGUAGCCAACAGAGAACACAGCUAGCCGCGUUAGCAGGCAGCUAAACCGCCACCGUUUUUAGGGCGCUUUGUAGGCACGGCAGGCCAGUGCGGAGGAAAUGAAGGACAAACAAAAGAGAAAGAAGGAGCGGACCUGGGCUGAAGCGGCUCGAAUGGUGCUGGAGAACUUCUCGGAUGCUCCAAUGACUCCUAAACAAAUACUUCAUGUCAUCCAGACCAAGGGGCUGAAGGAAAUGAGGUCAGACACACACGUGCCCUAGUUAUGUUUCCUAGUAGGGCUGCACGUUCCUGCAAAAAAAGAAAAAUCACAUUUUGAAAUCAAAUUUUGCUUGGAAUUAAGAUGGAGAUUUUCUGCCUUUUUUUUUUUUACCGACACAUUGUCUUCGUUACUAGAAUCGUCAUUGUUUUGUUUUGCUUUUAAGAAACCCAAUACAAUUUCAGUGGUCGUUUCUGCCAUUCUUCAGGACAACUGAUUGGGGGACUUAUUUCAUAGAAAUUAAUAGAAAGAUAAAAUAAUUUAUGGUCAAAAAAAUGUCACGCUCGCCCACCCCACAACAGAUUCAUGCACGUGAAAAAGACCAGUAAAAUGAAAAGUCAGUUAAUUAAUGCGAUUGCUUCUUUAUCAAACUUUUGAAUGAUAGAAGACCUGCCAACAUGUACGCGUGUUUUUUUGUACUGCACUGUAUUUUCACCCUUGAAUACACUUGUGGGAUUUUGUUGCAUUUCACUGAUUUCAGCUUCCUUGUUCAGUCAGCCGGCGCCGUGAUGCUGGAGCAUAACAAAAAAGGCUGCACCUAUCAAAUAUUUUAGAAAUGGAGUAUUCUGCUGAAAAUUUUGAGUAAUCAGCACAAACAUUUUUGCUUGGUUAAAAAGCAGUUAUAAAUACACAACAGCAAAAACAUUUCACAAAAUAAUGAACGACCAAUUGGUUUAGUUUUGAGGUAAUCAACCGUUUUAAUUCUUAAAUUCACAUAGUGUAUAGGAACAGACUGUAUUUUAUUGUGUCUGAUGGACUACAUGAAGGAGCUUUUGUAGAUGAAUUUAUCCAUCCCAGACUAACUAUUUACUGGAAAGGGAGAGAAAUAAUAAUUGCUUUACUAAGACAAAAUUACAUUAUGUAGAUGGCUGUGCAUUUAUCAAUCCUAAAGUUAGACAGGCUGACUAGAAAUAAGAGAAAUAUUAUUUUUAAGAUAUUGAGUUUUUGCAGUGUUCAAAGUAAAAUGAAGACACAUUCUGUAGUGGCACACAUUACUCUCAACUAAGUGAGCGACACACGCUCUUCCUUGUUCCAUUACACAGUAUUGUCUGCUUGAAAUGAGCAGCUACUGAUGAGUGAGCUCAAAUGUUUUUAUUUUCCAUCUUCGUAACCCACGGUGCUGUGUUUUUGCAGAUCAAAUAAACCCUGUAUGAAGUCACAUUACCAUCGUAAUAAACUGCCACACAUUCGACAGUAGUCGUAAUUAAGAGAAAGCGCUAGCCCCAGGGUUUCCUCUACGUGUAAUGGAAGAGUUACAUUGUUUUGAUUGUGUGCACUCCUGAUAUACAUAUACAAUGUACAAUUAAUAAGUAAUAUACACACACACACACACACACACACACAAACUAGCCCACAGGCUGAACAAGUGCGAGCACCCCAUGUGCUAUAUCGAUACAUGUAUAGCCUAUUAUUUACAUAUUGACCACAGCUAAUUUGAAGUAAAAUAACUAUCAAAUAUCAUAAAAACUUUUUGUUACAUUUUCUUUUCAAAAACAUGCACCGGAAUCACCUGACUGCUCUUUUGGCACUUGACAGAUCAGGAGUGGAAGAAAAGGUUGCAAGAAAGGCGUUUAAAGUUAAUGAAUGCAUUUGUUGUUCAAGCCUGUGAAAACGACUCUGAUGUUGACAUUAUUACCCACAGUAAAUUUAAAUAUAUAUUUUUAAAAAAUCCUGCCAUAUCGGUGUCAGUCCGCCUCCCAUGCAGCCCACCACCACACCUUCAAAAAAAUCCUAGGGGAAACCAGAGCCCUCCACCCGGCAGAUGUUAUGUUAGUAAGGUACAUUAACCUUUAUCGCUGAUUUGCGCUAUGUUAAUUUUUACCUUGUCUCGGCUCUUCCACUCCAUUCGGGAGGAGAUGACGCAACAUAUACGAUGUGCUGUUGUGGUAUGUAAGUGCCGUAUUAUAACGGAUACACGUCACGGUGUUCAACUUGCUGUUUAGCCACAUUUUCUGUCCGUUUUUUUACAUUUCGUUUUUCUUCCCUUUCGUUGCCUUGUCGCUUUCUCUCGCGUCUUCAAUCUUUCUGCGACUUCAAACAUCUGCUUCCCUCUUCAUCCUCUGCGUGGAUGACGUGCGCGCGUUGGUGACGUAAGCGAUUCCUCAAGGCAGAAAUAAAUCCUCCAUUAUUUUUUGUAAUCAAGGUACUCUCAUUAUUCAAGGAAUUGUUGCACCCCUAACAACAAAGCCUUCAGUCUCUGCGCGUACAGUGAAAAAAAUGCUUGAGCUGCGGCGACACAGACGGUUAAGGCUGUGAUUGGUCGGCUCCUAGUAGAUUUCCUGUGUAUACGAGCCGUUCAAAGGACGGACAGCCCACCUCCUCAAACGCCUGCUCCUCUGAUGUUGGAUUGAGAAAUAAAAUGAACCCAAAAAAGCAGAAAAAUUUGAAAAAUGGAACAAAAGGCAUAAUGUAAUGAGGAAAAAAAAAGAAUAAAAACCACAUUUUAGCAAUAUUCAGAAAUUUGAUCGUAUGAAUUGAGAUUUUGAUGUUUUUUUUUGUGCAGUCCUAUUUCCUUGGCAGUUAAACAGGAAUAUUCUUACUCAUUAUACACUGCAAACCGAUAAGGCAAAGGUGUCAAACUCGAUUUAAUUGAGGGCCACAUUGCACUUAUGGCUGCCCUCAGAAGGGCGCUUGUAACUGUCAAUAUAUUUUAAUAGAAUAUAUGAAUAGAAAUGUAUAAUGGCCUUAUAUUAGUACACAAUUGCCCAUGCAUUUGAUGAUUACUGUAAAUUCCAGUGUAUAAGCCGCCACUUUUUUUCUUAAACUUUGAACCCUGCGGCUUAUACAGCGGUGUGGCUAAAUUCUAAUCUUGUGACUUUACUUCAGAACUACUACUAAUUGUUUAAAUACUGUGUCGCUCGCAAGUCAGUGAGGAAACGGUAGCUCGGCAGGAGCCAAUCACGAGUGAUCAGGGCACUCGCAACAAACCUGUCAACCCAUUGGCCACUGCAGGAGGUCAGUGUAUAUAACAGUCUGACUCGCAGUGUCAUCUAACGAAGAACGCCAAACUAAUCACAAAGCAACUAACACUCAAAAGGUGUACCUAAGAAAUAUACAAACAUGCACCAAUACAUAUUUAAAAGGAAAAAAAAACUUUAAAACCCCUCCCACAAUGCAUUGCGUCUGAGCAACGCAUUCAGUAACGGAAUAACCAUCAGACGGCAUCUGCAGAAAAAGGGUUUAAAAACAAAAAAGGAAUUCAAAGACCUCGUCUCCUUCAACGCCACAAAGCUACCCGUUUAGACUUUGCCAGGGAGCAUCAAACAUGGGACAUUGAAAGAUGGAAAUAAGUUUUAUUCUCUGAUGAGGAAAAAUGUAACCUUGACCUUACCAUAACAUUACUGGCAUGACAAGGAGAUCCCACCUGAGAUGUUUUCUACCCGGCACAGUGGAGGGGGGGGUCCAUCAUGAUCUGCGGUGCUUUUUCAUUCAGUGGAACACCGGAGCUUCAGGUGGUGCAGGGUCGUCAAACGGUGGAUGCUUACGUGCAGAUGUUGCAGCGGGCAUCCCUCAUGACUGAGGGCCCUCGUCUGUGUGGUGACAGCUGGGUUUUUCAACAGGACAACGCUGCAGUUAACAAUGCUCACUUGACCAAGGACUUCUUCAGGGAGAAUAACAUCACUCUUUUGGACCAUCCUGCAUGUUCCCCUCAUUUAAAUCCCAUAGAGAACAUUUGGGGAUGGAUGGCAAAGGAAGUUUAUAAAAAUGGCCAUCAGUUCCAGACAGUUGAUGCCCUUGGUGAAGCCAUCUUCACCUCUUGGAACAAUGUUCCCACUAGUCCUGGAAACACUCGCAUCAAGCAUGCCCAAACCCAUUUUUGAAGUGAUUAACAAGAACGGUGGAGCUACUCAUUACUGAGUCCUACUGAGAACAUUUUUGUUCUGGUUUGGAGGGUGUUUUGUUAUUUUUUUUUGAGCGAUGGUCUUAAACUUUUGAGCAGCUGAUAAACAGCCUAUUUCAGUUUAAUUGUUGUUUUCAUAAAUUACUUUUUCAGAGUGCUUUUUCUCUCCCCCUUCUUGCUUUUGCAUAUUGUAGCUCUACUUAAAACCUCAUUAAGAUCCAAAUGUGCAAAAUGCAAAGCAAUUUUUCAACUGGUUUUAAGAUUUUGAUCAGGUCUGUAUAUACUGACGACUUGUAGUUUCCAAUGGAUUGACAGGCUUGUUAGCGUGAUAUGCCAUUUUAUGACGUGGACAUGUGCGGCUUGAAUGCCGGUGCGGCUUUUGUAUGUUCAAAUCUGUUUUUUCCUCUAAAAUUAGUAGGUGUGGCUUAUACACCGCAAGUUACGGCAUGUUUUUACUAACAAAUUGAAACUCAAAGUCAAGGUGACAAGCUGAUAUUUAAGUAUUGCUUUUAGAGAACAAAAAAUGCUUGGAAUAUCUUGUUGCAUGAUCAGAUAAUAAUAAUAAUAAUUAGAAGGACUGCAUGCAGUACAAUUUUUCUGUCAAAACGAAAGAACAAAUGCAUUUAGAAGGAAAAAGGUGAAGUGCAUUAUUGACAUACAUUGUUUCCAGGCUUUUGUGAGCCACAUAAAAUGAUGUGGCAGCCCAGAUCUGGCCCCCAGGCCUUGAGUUUGACACUUGUGUAAUAAGGGAUAUAAAUAGGUGCAGUGUUUGUAGACCUACCAAAUCAAGUCAAUGACUAAAAUUUAUGAAAUUGCUUGAAAAUGUGAUUUUGCAAUGUGAAAUGCAAGGAAAAACUGUUUAACUUGAUUCAGUAAAUGC